CUGCGAGAUCACUGCGCAUCUAGCAACGCGUUGUUGGUGACGUUUUUAACCCGGGACUCUUGAAUUCUCAAAUUAACAUACUUUCAAAGGCUGGAAUUUGAAUUUAGAUUGUAGAGAGAGAGAAAAACUCGACGCAGUCGAAGAUUGAAAUAAUGAAUUUGAGAAUGUAGGGGUUUACAAGGAACGCCCCAUCAAGCACUGAAUUCGAGAUGUCAAUGGAUAUGGCAAAUGUAUCCAUUAUACAUUCAGACAAUCCAUAUGACAGCUUCAUGAGAAAACAUUUGCAGUACUAUGGCUACUACAAAGAAGAUUGUAAUAAUGUUCAAAAAAAGAAUAAACAAUAUAAGAAACAAGAUGAGGAGGAAGAUGAGGAAGAAGAAGAAAUGGAAGAAAACAGAGAGAGUGUUGAAGCUAGACGGGUAGAAUCUUUACAAUUAAAUGAUGAUAACAGUUUCAAUAAUGCUUCCAAUGCAUCUACACUUUUCAACAAGUUCAGAAAUGGAAUACAAGGAACAACACAACUCAUUUCAACACAAGCAGAAGGGAAAAUGAUUCUCAAACUUCAGGAACCUCGUGGUUUACAUUUUAUGUCACAGUUAUUAGGUGCUCAGAGUGAAGCUCGAUGGCCACGUGGACUUGAAGUCAAAACUAGUCAUAUCCGACAUUUAUGUAUUGUACCAGUCAAUCCUGAACCUUUCUAUCAACAAACUGGGUUAGAAGAUAUGCCAAGGGUUAGAAGUAAUUUCAAAGCCAAUAAAGUUGUUUUUGAAAAUAAAAGAAUGCUGAAUGCUGACGCCCUGCCUUGCGAUCCAGAAACUUCCGAUUUCACCAACAACUAUCAGAACGUAACCUAUUUAGCUGCAGCAGAAUUACAGUUUGAAUCAAGGUUCGAAAGUGGAAACCUUGCCAGAGCUAUUAGGGUAGGAGAUAAUGACUAUGAGCUAUAUCUUCAUUGUGACCUCUACACAAGGAGUCACACUCAAUGGUUUUAUUUCCAAGUGGCCAAUACUAGAAAAAAUGUGCCAUACAGAUUUACCAUAGUUAAUCUUAUGAAGAGUACCAGUCUCUAUAAUUAUGGAAUGAAGCCUUUGAUGUACAGUGAAAAGUCAGCUGCUAAUCUUAUUCGUCCAAUUGGCUGGCAAAGGAUUGGAUACAAUAUCAAAUACUAUAAAAGCCAUCUCAAUGCUGACGAUUCAUCGCAAAGAAAAUCAUCUUAUAGUUUGACGUGGACUUUCAAGUUUCCAUACAGUUACGACACUGUCUAUUUUGCCCACAGCUACCCAUACACAUAUUCAGACCUGCAGGAAUACCUGUUCAAGUGUGCCAAUAAUCCAAAGAUAUCCAAAUUCUUCAACAUACGAAUCCUCUGCAGAUCUCUAGCAGGAAAUAACAUCUAUAUUUUGACUGUAACAAAUCCUAUAUCAGACACAGCUCAGAUGAAGACCAAGAAAGCUGUGUUUGUAACAUCUCGUGUCCACCCUGGAGAAAGCAAUGCCAGUUGGGUGAUGAAAGGAUUUCUAGAUGUUUUGAUAGCGGAUUCAGAGUAUUCAAAUCUGCUGAGAGAAAUGUUUGUCUUUAAAAUCAUACCCAUGCUGAAUCCUGAUGGUGUCAUUGUUGGAAACUACCGUUGUUCCUUGUCGGGUCGUGAUCUAAAUAGAAACUACAAGUCUACGUUGGAAGGCCAAUUUCCUACGAUUGGGAAUAUCAUCAGUAUGGUGAAAAAGUUACUAACCAAACUGGAGGUUGUUAUGUAUUGCGAUUUUCAUAGUCACAGCCGAAAACACAAUGCGUUUUAUGGUUGUAAGAAACGUGGAAGGAAAGAAAGGAAACUAGUCCAAGAAAAGGUUUUCCCAUAUCUGCUUGCUAAAAAUACACCCGAUCAUUUCCUGUUUAGUUCUUGCAAAUUUAAAGUUCAACGGAGCAGAAAACGCACAAGUCGUGUAAUUAUGUGGAAACUUGGCAUCAAAAAUAGCUUUACGUUUGAGGUUUCUUGUUGUGGUUCUACUAUUGGAGAGAAAAGAGGCUUCCACUUCAACACUCGUGAUUAUGAACUGCUAGGAGUAUCUUUCCUCCAUACUCUUCUUGAUUAUGUUAACUUAGAUAAAUUUCAGAUAAACUGUUUGUUUGACGAACUUAAAAAUACACUGAAAAAGGAAGAACUGAAGAAAGAAGAAAAGGAAUUGUGUGCAGGAGACCACCCAACCUCUGAAGACGAAGAUGAAGAUGAAGACGUGGAAGAGGAAGAGGAAGAUGAAGAUGAAGAUGAAGAAGAAGCAGAGGAAGAAGAAGGAGAAGAAGAGGAAGAAGAAGAAGGAACUAAGUUAUUUGAAUCUAGUGAUGGUUCUGACAGCUCAGAUUCAGACGAACCUUCCGAUGAUCAUCCAUCCCAUAUGCAACUGUUAAGCAAUAAGAAUAGUAACUCUGAUAUCAGAAAACCUGAACUGGGUGAGUUAGUUAAAUAUUCCAAGACAAGUGAUUUGAAUUUAAGCAAGUCUCAGACUUCAAGACAGUUGUCAUUGGAGGACAGUAGAAAUUACUUCGAAUAUCUAACAAAGGAAUUUGAAGAUAACACGCUGCUUCCCAGAAAAACUCUUGCACUAAAUAACCGACAGAUAGGCAAGAACCGUAUUUUAUUAUGCAAUAGGUCUACUGAACAGGCACCUGGCCUUCACGUUAUUGGAAGAGGACAAGAUCAAAGUCAAAAAAACACUCUGAAAUCAAUUAAUAUUGGUUUCAAAUUUUGGAACAAGGCCAGCAAUUUCAAGAAAGAGGACGGUUUAAUAAACAAUAUACUUUGGAGAAAUAUCAAAGUAACAUCCCCCGGCAAACUAAUUAUGAACAGAAGCAAUAUGCCACUGUCGAAAGCUUCUUCCAAACUGCUUAGUCAAAAUGGAGAUGAGAGGCAUACACCAUUGCGACUCUUUGGCAGCAGUCUUAUUAAAGAAGUAUCAGAGAAUUUGAGUUUAAGAUCCAGAAGUUUUCUAACCCCAACAAAUAAGAAAUACUUAGAUCUUAAUCAGGCCUUGAUGAACCCAUCAUUCAGAAAACCAACUCUUCCUUUAAAUUUUGAUGUCACAAUAUCUCCAAUAACUUCUAAAAAGAUUCUCUACAACAAAACUGAUGACAAUUUAUCAUCAUAUAACAUGAGACACUUGGGUUUCUUAAAGUGAAAAAUGUAUAAAGUUUAUCAAAAAAAA